GGUUAGGAAACAAAGGGCAGGGGCAGAAGAGGACCGAAGUUCCCACUUCGUGUUAAUGUUGGGAUUAUCUGUGAAACUGACGCUUUGUCACGAAAAAACAUAUAAAAUAAUACAUUUCCAGUCGCCCGUGUUAUCACUGAAUAGUAUUCAAAAUGUAACAGACGUGGCAACAAUGACCAGGGGUGUUUGUUUGGUUGCAGCCCGGAGUGGUUUUGUGAGCACGUCCACAUGGCUGCACAAACAUAACGCGCCGCUGCGAGCAGGCAGAGGUAGACAUGUGGGGGGCAGUUAUACUAAGAGCAUCGCUUUAUUUAUGUUGUGUACAUGCUCAGAUACAAACAAAACACAUAUUUAGCAACAUAGGCUGCCUUGUUCUAGCUGUAUUCCGUGAUGUGCUUUUCUCGGUUGAACUAAAGUAGGGGCAAUUGAUGGUAACACGAUUGAUUUACAGACUUUAAAACGAUGUCUGUUCAUUGCUAACUGAAGAGAAUGCAGCAGGCUCUCGUCUUCUUAAGGAGGCCAGCCAUGUUUCUCCAGGAGGCUUGUUGCAGUGCUAGGAGGCUGCACCACGUGAGCCACUACUCCACCUUCCUGCGGACUCAAUGCCAGCGCAGCCCUGUGUGUGUGCCGACUCCAGCUCCGGCUCCAUUGCAUUCCCUGCCAUGCAGUGCCUGGCUCUACAGCACCCGGAGGAGCUUUAAAAAGGUUCUCAAGUCAUCCCUGGACUGCUCUGUGCCCCCAGUGAGUGUGACUGAAAUCAGGCAGUACCUGCGCUCAAAGGACAUCCCAUUUCAUGACGGUUACAGCUGCCUGCACACCCCCAGCCUCUUCAUGGAGCGAGCGAGUGGCUCCGAUUUCACAGAGAAGGAAAGCUUCUCCCUUUUUGUUGAUAAAACCACAGGCCGGUUCCUGUGCAAGGAGACCCUUGUGGAAGGGAGCUGGGAGGACUUUCAGGACUGUGUGGAGGUGAUGCAGAAGGAGAGGCAAGGAUCCCUCAAUCCGGAAGUCCUGUUGGGCUAUCCAGACAGUGAGACGGAGCUGAAUGAGAAGGAGAUGGACCGCCGGGAGGUCCAGAGGAUCUGGUCCAGCUCAGUCCCCCUCUCAGACCUUCUUGAAGAUGAUGCCCAGCUGGUGAAAGUCAUGUUUGGCAUGGGAAAGGUCUCCAGUGCCACCCUGAAGAAGUUUGGCGUGAGGUUCUUCAAGCCCACCAAGAGCCUGGUUUUGCCCUGGUUCAGCGGCCGGGAUUCCAGCCUAAGGGGGCUGAAGCUGCUGUCUGCUGACUACAAGGGUGAAGGCCAGGUCAUCUACAAGGAAGUCACUUUUCCCAAGCCUGGUCUCUACCACAAUCUCUUUGGUCUUCACUUGAUCGGCCACAAAGACACUGAGGUGGUGCUGACCGGCCGGGAGGUGGAUACCUUGGCAGUCAGCCAGGCCACAGGGCUGCCCAGUGUGGCCCUGCCACGAGGGGUGAGCUGCCUCCCCCCAGUCCUCCUGCCUUUCCUGGAGCAGUUCAAGAGGGUCACGCUCUGGCUGGGAGGGGACCUGCGCUCCUGGGAGGCCUCCAAGAUCUUUGCCAGAAAACUGGGUUUAAAGCGCUGCUUCCUGAUCCGGCCCGGGGAGCCCCAGCCUUGUCCCGGCGAUGCCCUGGCCAAGGGGAUGAACCUUAACAAGAUCCUUAAGGCCUCCAUCCCUGCCGCCCACAAGUCCAUCAUCUCCUUCAGACAGCUCCGGGAGGACGUCUUCGGAGAGCUGGUCAACAAGGAGCAGGUGGCCGGAGUGAAAUGGUCAAGGUUCCCCGAACUGAACAAGAUUCUCAAAGGCCAUCGGAAAGGGGAGCUGACUGUAUUCACAGGACCCACGGGCAGCGGGAAGACGACCUUUAUCAGCGAGAGCGCUCUGGACCUGUGCAUGCAGGGUGUGAACACGCUGUGGGGGAGCUUUGAGAUCAACAACGUGAGGCUGGCCAAGAUCAUGCUGACGCAGUUCAGCCAGCAGAGGCUGGAGGAGAACCUGGACCAGUAUGAGGAGUGGGCAGACCAGUUCGAGGAGCUGCCCCUCUACUUCAUGACCUUCCACGGGCAGCAAAACAUCAAGACUGUGAUUGACACCAUGCAGCAUGCUGUGUAUUUGUAUGACAUCAGCCAUGUGGUGAUUGAUAACCUGCAGUUCAUGAUGGGCCAGGAGAAUCUGUCUGUGGAUAAGUUUGCUGUGCAGGAUCACAUCAUCGGCACCUUCCGGACAUUUGCCACAGGCAACAGUUGCCAUGUGACCCUGAUAAUCCACCCCAGGAAAGAGGGAGAUGACAAGGAGCUGCAGACAGCCUCCAUAUUCGGGACUGCCAAGGCCAGCCAAGAGGCAGACAACGUGCUGAUCCUGCAGGAGAAGAAGCUGGUGUCCAGCCAGGGGAGGAGGUCCCUGCAGGUGGCAAAGAACCGCUUUGAUGGAGAUGUGGGCGUCUUCCCCUUGGAGUUCAACAAGACCUCCCUGACGUUCUCCACACCCAGGAGCAAGACCAAACUGCGCAAAGUCAAAGGGGACGCAGCAGAGACCCCCGAGAAACCAGUGAAACCAGUGAAGACACUGGCCAGCGCUGAGAGAAGCCCUGCAGAGGAGGGGACGAAGAAGAAGAAGUAGGGAGUGGACUGUUUAAAAUCUCCACACAGGAGAGAGCUCUUAUCAUGAAGUAGGGAGUGGACUGUUUAAAAUCUCCACACAGGAGAGAGCUCUUAUUAUGAGGAAGCAGGGAGUGGACUGUUUAAAAUCUCCACACAGGAGAGAGCUCUUAUCAUGAGGAAGCAGGGAGUGGACUGUUUAAAAUCUCCACACAGGAGAGAGCUCUUAUUAUGUAGGGAGUGGACUGUUUAAAAUCUCCACACAGGAGAGAGCUCUUAUCAUGAAGUAGGGAGUGGACUGUUUAAAAUCUCCACACAGGAGAGAGCUCUUAUUAUGAGGAAGCAGGGAGUGGACUGUUUAAAAUCUCCACACAGGAGAGAGCUCUUAUCAUGUAGGGAGUGGACUGUUUAAAAUCUCCACACAGGAGAGAGCUCUUAUCAUGAAGUAGGGAGUGGACUGUUUAAAAUCUCCACACAAGAGAGAGCUCUUAUCUGAAUUGUUGUGGUGUGAUUGAUGAUGAACUUGAGCUCCUGCUGAUUGCCUAGCACACAGCACCAGUCAGUAAAAGAAGUCAGAUGAUUCUAUACUGCCAGCGAGCUGCUGUUUGUAAAACUAAGACUGACCUUUUAAGUUCCUUUUAUUUAUAUUUGAUUGGAUGUAAAAAGCGAUGUGAGUGAGUGCCCUGAAUCAAGUGGAUGGAGAAUGGGACAGAAGGACGUGAGAUUAGAACCAUCACAUUGGCUGCUUUCAUAAUUUGUGCAUUUCAAGAUGAGUUAAAGUCACGAUUGCAGUUCAUUAAUGCAAUCACAACAUUGACAUCUUUGUUAUGCAUACGAGUCCAAAGGAAAUGGAUUAAGGGUGUCGAUGAGUGUUGACCACGACUCGCUCUUCUGUUACAGCAGCUGCUAAGCGUCACUACUGCAGUUAGUAAAUACCAUGGGUACUGUCACUGCGUUGUGCAUCACAUUCUGUAGACCUCUGUUGUGCUGUACUGGAAUGCAUUUUCAAAUCAGCAGCACAUUUAGCAGUAGGGCAAUGUGUGUUUGACAGAAACAGUACUGCUAAAAAAUUGUUUUACAGUAUAGCCCUCAUUUUUAUACCACUAAGCAUUUAUGUUAUCUUGUUGAAGAUAUUGUUACCUGAAGUAUUUGUACUUUUAAUAAUAAAAAAAAUACAUUCAACUGA